AUGCCAUCAGGCAAGGAAUCAUCUACUCGUCCGCGGCACAUUGCUAUUGUUGGCGGAGGAAUAUCGGGUAUAGCAUGCUCUUGGAAGUUGAGAAAGCAUGGUUACUUAGUGGAUAUCUACGAGUCCGAUAGCAAGCUUGGUGGACAUGCCAACUCCGUGGCGUUCAAGGGAAAGGGGAGAGUUGUAGAUGUUGAUACUGGUUUCAUCGCCCUGGAUGAAGCUACAUAUCCACAAUUCAAUGAUUUCUUGAAGGAAUUGGGUAUAAGGACAAUUCCUACGGAUAUGUCAUUCGGGGUCUCCGUUUCCGAUGGGGAUUUCGAAUGGAGCAGCUCUUCGAUCUGGAGUUUUCUUGGCGAGUUGUCAUAUUUGUUUACCUUCUGGUUCUGGCGCCUGGUAUUUGAAAUCUUGUGGUUUAGCCUAUUCGCCCAUGAGAUUCUUUACGAGGAGCCUACUAUCGUUAGAGAAGAUGAGGAUACCAGUCUACUUACCUCGUGUGAGAACGAAAUCGACGCUAUAGAGAAGGACUUGAAGUCGUUGGACCAAUUUCAGACCAUCGGCGAUUAUUUGAAAGAAAAGAAGUAUUCCGAUGAAUUCAUAAACUAUUUCUUGAUCCCUAUGGUGGCCUCUCCAUGGUGUAUUGACACAAACGAAUUCAAAGAGACGUUUCCAGCAAGGCCACUUAUCCGAUUCAUGAUGGACCACCGUCUCCUGGACACAGUAACAAGAACACUUAGGUGGCGGUCUUUUCAGAAUGGAUCGAAAACUUACGUCGAUGCGUUUCUAAGCAGUCUUCCAGCGCACCAUCAGGUGCAUUUGAAAACGCCCGUACAGAAAGCAGUACGGCUGAAGCAAGGGGUGAUGCUUACAUUUGGAGACGGAUCGUCUCGAAUCUAUGACCACGUGGCGCUUGCGGUUCACGCAAGACAAGCGCUUGAUAUUCUCGGAAAUGGCGCUACCGAUCUAGAGAGGAGAAUCCUUAGCAGCUUUCAGACAAGCCGUAAUACAUGCUACCUACAUUCGGAUACGUCAUUCUUGCCUAAACGCCCAUCAGCCCGUGCCGCAUGGAAUUGUUUCCUUGGUCGCACCGACGAAGCCAUUGACGGAACUCCUCCCCACGAGCAAGGCUCUAAGAUAUCUAUCACAUUUGAUAUGAACAAGCUCCAAGGGAUUCCCUUCCCUGGAGACCCGAACAGUGUGGGUCGGGUCCUGGUUUCCAUGAAUCCCACACGCAUCCCCAAGACGCUGCAAAGCAUUCAAGUGUACCAUCAUCCGCUCAUCAGUUCAGAAAGUAUCCUCAUGUCGGGCUACAUCCAUAGGAUCAACGGGGUAUCCGGCAUCAGCUUUGCGGGAGCUUGGAUGGGGUUUGGAUUUCACGAGGACGGUUUCGCAUCCGGUGCACACGUGGCGUGCAUGCUAGUGGACGGCCGGGAGAAGGCGGGCUACCUAGACCUCGUAGCUAGUCGCAGUGAUAGUCAAAGGAGAAAGUUCGGGCCUGGAGAAUCACUUCUUAGAGCAGUAUUAGUUUUAGCUCGCCGUUCUUUCCUUUUACUUCGGGGCGAGGGCCUUGGCUCGAAAGGUUUUAUAUAG